UGACCUGCGUUGAGUCAGUUCCGGGAGCCCGCUCCGUUUGAAAAACAGCGCGCGGGGAAAACGCAGCCGGUAACGGGCGGAGGGACACAGCAAUACAUCACGGAGCCACAAAGUGCAAACAUGGAGGUAGCAGGAAGUGGGUUUAAGACUCUGUGUAAAGUGAACAGAAUAAAGUCUUCAGGAGUAAGUGUACCUUCACCAUCUGUUACAAUUCCGGCUUCUCCAUUUAUGCAGAAGUUUGGGUGUGGCACUGGAGUCAGCGUGUACCUCAUGAAAAGGUCUCCAAAGGGUCUGUCUCAUUCCCCCUGGGCUGUAAAGAAGAUUAGUAAACAGUGUGACAAGUCGAGCAAGAAUCUUUUUGAACAGAGUCUAAAUGAAGAAGCAAAAAAUUUGAAGGCUCUGAAACACCCCAAUAUUGUAGGUUAUCGUGCAUUUACUAAAUCAAAGGAUGGCAGCCUCUGUUUAGCGAUGGAAUAUGGUGGGAAAAAGUCACUGUAUGACCUUAUAGAGGAAAGGAAAGAGAAACACCUAGGCCCUUUUCCUGCUGAAAUUAUUCUUAAAGUUGCACUAAACAUGGCAAGAGGUCUACAUAACGAGAAAAAGAUACUUCACGGUGAUAUCAAGUCAUCAAAUGUUGUUGUUAAUGGAGACUUUGAGUCCAUUAAAGUCUGUGAUGUAGGAGGGUCUCUACACCUGGAUGAAAACAUGACCAUGAGUGACCUAAACGCCUAUUAUAUUGGUACAGAGUCCUGGAAACCAAGGGAAGCUUUAGAAGAUGAUGGGAUCAUAACAGACAAGUCUGAUGUCUUUGCUUAUGGCCUAACUCUUUGGGAAAUGAUGACUCUGUCAAUACCUCAUGUGAACUUGCCACCAGAGGGCGAUGAUGAAGAUUAAUUUGAUGAAUAUGAUUUUGAUGAGGAUGCCUAUUAUGAAUCACUGGGGACCAGACCUCCAUUAAAUAUGGAGGAACUUAAUGAUUCUUAUCAAAAAGUCAUAGAGUUGUUUCUCGUAUGCACCAGUGAAGAUCCAAAGGAACGACCUUCUGCUGUACAAAUUCUUGAGUUUCUAGAAGACAAAGAAAUAGUCUCGGAAAAUAUAUAGUCGAGCCUUCGUUGAAUAGAGUUUUAUAACUGUUUUUAUCUUUGUAUCCUUUUUGGACAUUUUCUUUAUAUUUGUCACUGACCUUCUUUAUGACUCUCUGCCUGUGUCUCCUAUAAGUGCGUUCAUGUUUUUGUUAUCUAUUAAAUUGAAGUUACUUAUUUCAUGGUUUACUUCUGGUGGUGUGGUUGAUCAAGUUGACAAUUGGGGAUUGGUUUGUUUAGAACAUGAGUUGUGAAUUUGCAUAAAAAGCUGUUAUUGCAAAAGGUGCAGAAAAAUGUGGGUGAAAGUGAAUGCUGUCCGUAUAUAUUUAAACAGGAUGGGUUGACUGGAAAUAAUCUUUUUGA